AUGUCCGCUACGCUUCGGUACGACACCCAGGCCGACCCCGAGAAGGUCACGCAUUACAACCACGCUCGGCACGCGUCCUUUGCUAUCCCUCGUACCAUCACCAUCCAGGAUGAUCAGUCUCCCUCGCAGGCGCGGGAGACGGAGCUCAGGCGUCAGAACUCGGUCUCGCUCGGUUCUGGGCCACAGCGACCCAACGCCGGUCCCAGGAUUAUCGGCGAGUUCAGGACUCUCUCCAUCCACGUCACAGAUUCCAUCCACGGUCCCGGCGCCCCAAUCAAGUCCAAGAAGGGCACCAACACCGUCAAGGAGCUGGCUGAGCUCGACUGGCACACCCUCUCGCAGAACGAGGUCCUCCAGCGUCUCAGCGCCAGCGGAACCAGCGGGCUGGAUGCGGAGCAGGCUAAGCGGAGGUUGGCGACCAAUGGGCUGAACGAGGUCAAGCCUCACAAGCCGAACGUUUUCUUGAAGUUCUUCUGGUACUUCUUUGGUGGUUUCGGUAGCAUCCUCUUCAUCGCGUCGAUUCUCUGCUUCCUUGCCUGGAAACCCCUUGGAGAGCCCAACCCGCAGGUCUCCAACCUUGCCCUUGCCGUUGUCAUCUUGGUCGUCGUCUGCAUCCAGGCGUCCUUCAAUGCCUGGCAAGACUGGUCCACCGGCAGAGUUAUGGCUUCCAUCACCGGCAUGCUUCCCUCGGAUGUCCUUGUCGUUCGGGACGGGCAGCAGGUCCGCCUCCCUGCUCGGGAACUGGUCACUGGUGAUAUCGUCUGCGUCUCGCUCGGCAACAAACUCCCUGCCGACUUGCGCUUCAUGGAAGUCUCGUCCGACCUCAAGCUGGACCGCUCUGUGCUCACGGGUGAAGCUGAGCCCAUCUCUGCGACUAUCGACUCGACCGACCCCAACAUGCUCGAGACCAAGAACAUCGGUCUCCAGGGUACUCUCUGUGUCAGCGGGUCCGGCAAGGGUAUCGUCAUCCAGACGGGCGGCAACACUGUCUUUGGUCGUAUCGCCAAGCUCUCCUCCUCCGGCGCUCCCGCACGUACCACCCUCCAGGCCGAGAUCUCCCGGUUCGUCGGUAUCAUCGUUGUCCUCGCCCUCUUCUUCGGCAUCAUCGUAACCGUCCUCUGGGGCGCAUGGCUCAACCGGGAGCACUACGGCUUCAUCACCUCCUCGGGCGCCGUCAUCAACCUCGUCGCUGUCUGCGUGGCUUUUAUCCCCGAGGGUAUGCCUUCCGCGGUCACCAUCUCGCUCUCGGUCGUCGCGAACCGGUUGGCCAAGAACAAGAUCCUCUGCAAGACGCUCAUGACGGUCGAAACGCUCGGCGCCGUCGACGUCCUCUGCUCCGACAAGACCGGUACCCUCACCAAGAACCAGAUGACUGUCACCAAUGCGGCCAUCUUGGACGACGAGGUUUCGGCGCAGGAGGCUCGGGACCGGAUCGUGCGCGGUGGCGAUGCGGGCGAGGGGUGCAGGGAGCUUGCGGCGGUCGCUGGAAUCUGCAACGCCGCGCUCUUUGAUGAGAGCACCAUGGACCAGCCGAUCGGGUUGAGGCUCGUCAACGGGGAUGCUACCGACUCUGCUAUCCUCCGCUUUGCCGAGUCGCUCCGGGCCGUCCGCGAGUCUCAGGCCGAGUGGACUGAGGAGUUCAAGGUCAACUUCAGCUCCAAGACCAAGUUCAUGCUCAAGAUGCUCCGCCCUGCCAAGAGCGACGCUCGUCCCGCUCCCAUCUCCCCCUUUGACGACUUCUCUGCCGACUCUCACCUUCUUCUCUGCAAGGGUGCUCCCGAUGUCCUCCUCAAGCGGUGCUCGCAUGUCAACGACCCUAAAGGUGGCCCUCCUAUCCCCCUCUCGCACGACAUCCUCAACAAGCUCUCCCGCGUCCAGGAGUCUUGGGCCCGCAAGGGCCAGCGUGUCCUCCUCCUCGCCAAGCGCGUCAUCACCCCCGACAUGAUCGAGGCCGGUACCUCCUUCGACGAUGCCUCUUUUCCUGACCUCGUCAAUCAAACCCUCAACCAAAACCUCACCGUCGUCGGUCUCGUCGGUCUCGUCGACCCCCCGCGGGACGAUAUCCCCGAGACCGUCCGUAUCAUGCGCGGUGCCGGUAUUCGCUUCUUCAUGGUCACUGGUGACUUUGCCACUACCGCUCUCGCCAUCGCCGAGCAGUGCGGCAUCAUCUCGGACGCAUCGCGCGUACACCGCCUUGGCGACCUGGACCGCAAUGUCGAGGUCGACGUGGUGGAGAAGUACGACGUCUACGCGGAGGACGAGGUACCCAUCACGUCCCUCGUCCUCUCGGGUCCAGACCUCAUGGAAAUGAACGAGGCGCAAUGGGAGCAGGCGUGCCAGUAUGUCGAGAUUGUGUUUGCGCGGACCACACCCGAGCAAAAGUUGCGGAUCGUCAAGGAGUUCCAGAGGCGCGGUGCUAUUGUGGGCAUGACGGGUGACGGUGUCAACGACGCUCCCAGUCUCAAGGCGGCCAAUGUGGGUAUUGCGAUGGGCGGCGGGAGCGAUGUAGCCAUGGAAGCUGCCGACUUGGUCUUGCUCGAAUCCUUCUCCUCCAUUGCCGUCGCCGUCGAGUACGGUCGUCUCACCUUCGACAACCUCAAAAAGACCCUCCUCUACCUCCUCCCCGCCGGAUCCUUCUCGGAGCUCAUGCCAAUCCUCCUCAACGUCCUCCUCGGUCUCCCGCAGGCUCUAUCAUCCAUCCAGAUGAUUCUCAUUUGCGUCGUCACCGACGUCCUCCCCGCCAUCUCCAUGUGCUUUGAGAAGCCCGAGGCCGGUCUCCUUCUCCGCAAGCCGAGAAAUACCAAGACGGAUCGAUUGGUCGACUGGAAGCUCCUCCUCCACGCCUACUUCUUCUUGGGUAUCUUGGAGAGUCUGUGCGCUAUGGCCAUGGCCUUCUGGUACCUCAACCGUCAGGGCUUCUUGUUCAGCGACCUUGUUCUGGCUUAUGGAGGUCUUCCCGACACAUACGACCUCGACGCCUACGCCGAGGCGGUCUAUGUCGCCCAGUCCGUCUACUUCUUCACCCUCGUCUUCAUGCAAUGGGGCAACCUCCUCUCCACCCGCACGCGCCGUCUCUCGCUCUUCCAGACCAACCCCUUCGGCUUCCACUCGGCCAACCGGAACGUCUGGAUCCCCCCGGCGAUGCUCGCCAGUGUUGGGUUCUUAUUCUUCUUCUCAUAUGUUCCCUUCUUCCAAAACAUCUUCUUGACCAGGGGCGUCCCGGUCGAGUACAUCUUUAUCCCCUUGGCGUUCGGGCUGGCGUUGAUCUUCUUGGACGAGUCGCGCAAGUACUGCGUGAGGACGUAUCCCAAGGGACUGGCGGCGAGGCUUGCGUGGUAA